CCCCACGGGGGAACCUCAGCCCCGUGGCCACAGCGGGAUCCAGCGGGGAGCCUAAUGAAACGUGCCUCCCUGUGGACGCACGGCUGUGGUGGUGGCCAACCUAUUCACUCAGGCUGCGAUGUGGAGGUCAGUCGCGCAUCAGAGCAACGAGCGGCGCACUCCUCCUACCGAAAAAUCCCAGUUUUUGCAGCCUUUGUCCUUCAGAGACGCUGGACGGGAUUUCGCAUUGCACUCCAGCGCCGCAUCCCGAGAGUCACGUCCCGCUGCGCGGACCCAUUUUUCGGGUGACAGGUGUCCCGGUGCAGCAACGUCCGGAAUACAACUACUGCUUUCAGCUGGACUGUUGCUUUACGGUUUCUCUGCAGCAAGCUCGGCUGGGAGCAGUGUCAUGCUCAACUAACUGUCAGUAUUGAGGAGGUUAGACUCUCAGUCGAAGGAGGUUCAUAGCCACAGUCAUAUCACCCACCCUCCUCCCCUCUGCUGGAAAGAGUUGUCCGUCUGCACCAUUGAAGACAGACAGCAAACGUAGGGGGUUCUCCCUGUGUGUGUGUGUGUUGGUGGCCGUGCGGUGAUGUGUGGCCUAAGAGAAGCACUUUAAGUCAGCAAAACGGGAUCCAGCCCAUGAGUCUCUCAGAGCGCUGAGCCGUUGACCAGGCUAUGAAGGAGAGCUGCUCCAAACUAGGCUGAGUUGAACAAAAGCAGGACGAUCUGUGCGAGGAGCAGUCAGCCAUGGGACUCGGACAGUCCAGCAAGACCCCGGUCACUGACGACACGGAUGAGGUCAAUUUUGACCAUUUCCAAAUCUUGAGGGCUAUUGGAAAAGGGAGUUUUGGAAAGGUUUGCAUAGUGCAGAAGAAGGACACAAAGAAGAUGUACGCCAUGAAGUACAUGAACAAGCUGAAAUGUGUGGAACGCAACGAAGUGAGAAAUGUCCUGAAAGAGCUGCAGAUCAUGCAGAACCUCGAGCAUCCCUUCCUGGUUAACUUCUGGUAUUCGUUUCAGGAUGAAGAGGACAUGUUUAUGGUGGUGGACCUGCUCCUGGGGGGAGACUUGCGGUAUCACCUCCAGCAGAACGUCCACUUUUCAGAAAGCACAGUGAAGCUGUACAUCUGUGAGCUGGCCUUGGCUUUGGGUUACCUUCGCAGCAAGCACAUCAUACACAGAGACAUCAAACCUGACAAUAUACUUCUGGAUGAGCACGGCCAUGUCCAUCUGACGGACUUCAACAUCGCAGCCAUCGUAAAAGAAGACCUGAAGGCAACAUCAAUCGCUGGAACCAAACCAUACAUGGCUCCUGAGCUGUUCCAGAGCUUCGAAGGAUCCCACCCUGGCUACUCCUUCUCUGUUGACUGGUGGUCUCUGGGGAUUGCAGCCUAUGAACUACUGAGAGGACAGAGACCAUAUGUGAUGAGAUCCAACACACCAUCUAAUGAGAUUCUACAAAUGUUCCACAAAGUCCAUCCGACUUACCCAGCAGCCUGGUCUCUGGAAAUGAAGUCUCUACUCAGAAAGUUGCUGUGCAUAGAUGUCCAGAAGCGCAUCUCCUGUCUCGCAGAGCUCCAAGAUCUGGAUUACAUGUCUGACGUCAACUGGGACGCAGUUCUCAACAAACAGCUUCCUCCAGGCUUUAUUCCUAAUAGACGGAGACUAAACUGUGACCCCACCUUUGAGCUGGAGGAAAUGAUCCUGGAGUCCAAACCACUUCAUAAGAAGAAGAAAAGACUAGCUAGAAAGACCAGGGAACAGGGAUCCGACGGAUCCCCGCAGAAUGGACAGUUGCAGCAGCGUUUGGACAACGUCCAGAGGGACUUCAUUGUCUUCAACAGAGAAAAGUCAAGGAAAGUCGUAGUGGAUUCUUCUGAACUAUCCACAAGCGAGAAGAACAAGGCAAUAGAAGAUGGACAGAACAACAAUGUUGAACCUGCUGCCUAUUUAUCAGGAUAGGCUUCCUGCUCCCAGAUCCCCACCUCAUCACUUGCACUUGCCUCCAGCUUGCAGUUCAGCAACUUACAAGCAAAACCUGUCGUUCUGUCAGCACAUGCACUCACACCUGGUCCUCUAUGUUCCUGCACUCCUUCACAGUCUGUAAAAUCUCAAGAACAGCACUGUGCGCACUUGUUUCACACCAAUAGACCUAAAAAGCAGCUAGACGUCAAAAGAUGGUGUCCAUGGGAGGCAGCCAUGUCAGAGACUGACUGACGGACUCCUUUGCUGUCACCAAAUGGAUGGACUCCCAGCAGAGUCACUCGUAUCAUUUUCCCUACCGUCACCCUGGUGCUCUUACAUCUGCUCAGCCUCGGUUCUGAGCAGAGUGCUGUAGCAAGAAGCCAGAUCAUUUCCAAAACCAAGACAACAGAGCACCUCCACCUGAAUGUACUGACAUUGGUUUUAUUAUGAGAGGUUUUCUAGGUAACUAUGGUCAUUUAAUUAUAAUAUUGCAGUUGGGUAGUGCUACAUAAUAGAGCUGUAAUUUCACAGAAUGUAAAGGUCAUUUUUAUGGAAGGAAGAUAUUUCUUUCUGAAAAUGUACCAAAACUUACCAGGUACUUUCCAUAAUGAACUGAGUUUUUUUUCUGUAGCUUUUUUUAGUACCUUCCCUGAAUUUUUAUAGAAUUUAUCAGACACUUUCUGGGACAUACUAGUUAAUUUCCUGAAACUCAAAGCUAGCUAUUUGGAACCUUAUGGGUAUUCUAGUGAGUUCUGAAUGGUAAUCUCUAAGUUUUAGAAAAGUAUCCUCUAAAUUAAAGUAGCUGGUAAGUUCAGGAGAAAAACUUGUAAUUUCCAGAUACUAUCUGAUGGAGUACAUUGAGAAAUUAUUCACCCUUCUUGGCAUUUCUUGCAUUUUCUAGCUCACAACCUGGAAAAGGAGAUUAUUUUAGGAUUUGCAUCAUUUCAUUUAAAGAACAUGCAACUUUCAAUAUUUAAUUUUCUUUUUAUUGUGAAACAAACAACAAUUACAUCUGCAAGUCACGUUGGAUAGGUCUCUCAGAGCUCGCCUCAUCUUUCCUCUGGGAUUGCUUCCCACUCCUCCAGAUAAAACCUCUCCAGCUCUAGAUGGUUUCCAGUGGUGAACAGCAAUCUUUAAGUCUGACCACAGAUUGUCAACUGAAUUGAUCUUUGGCCUUUGAUUAGACCUUGCCAAUACAUUUAAAAUGUUCCAUUAAACCACUUGAGUGGUGCUUCAGCAGUAUGCUUUGGGUCAUUGUAUUGCUGAAAGCUGAACCUCUAUCCAGUUUCACAUUGCUGACAGACUGAAACAGGUUUUACUUAAGCAUAUUCCUGUGUUUAGCUCCUUUCAUCUUCCCCUCAGCUCCAAACAGUUCUCCAGACCCUGCUGGUCUGUUCUAGGGGUGCUGAGAUGUGUUGAUUUUGAGAUAGACAUAAUGGCUUCCUUGGUGACUGAAAAGUGAAGUGUUUUUUUUUCUUCCAUAAAGCCCAGCUCUAUGAAGUACACGACUUACAGUAUGUUGGUCACAUGAACAGAUACUCCAGUCUCUGCUUCACACAAAAAAUAUCAAGAUUGGUGAAUAGUUUUGCAUGGUACUGCAGGUUCAGGAAAGAACAUGGUAUGUCUUGCAAGGUGACCUAGAAGUUCUGGAAAGCUGUCUAAUAAAUACCUAUGAGUAAUCUAGGUACUUAUCAGACAGUUUUCCAGAAAGUGCCAGAUAUGUUCUGGAAAGAGUCUGGUAUGUUUUGGAAGGUGACAUCCAAGUCCCAGGACAGAAAUGUGUUAGUACUAGGAAAGUACUUGAUCAGUUCAGCGGAACAAUCUCUGCAUUCCAGAGAGUAACCUGAAGUAACCUGUGUAACCACAGCAUGAGCUGUGUCAUGUAGCGCCGCCAACUUUAAAGUGAUUCUUAAGUCAUCCUGUGUAUGAAAACCUAAGAAGUUGAGCCUGAAACAUUUAAUAACUAUUAACCAUUGCUUAGAAACAUUUUUCCUCUAUGAUCCAUAUAACCUUGGAUACAAGCAUGACAGAAGUAGCAUUGUUAAACUGCUAGUCUUAUUAGACGAAACCAAACUUUGUUUUUAGCGAUGUAAGAAUGAUUCGAAUUGAAUUAGAGGCUUGAAAAUGAAUGGCUUGCUUUUUCAGGGCAAUAUUUAAAUGGAUUAGUGAUCCUGAUGCUUAGCUUGGCUAAUUAAGCUAGCAGUGAUGAUAGGUUUUUAACAUUUACUGUCAUGCCGCAGUUCAGACCGUUAGAGAAAAUAGUCAAAUUCUUGUGAUUUGCUCACAGUUGAGGUUUUUAGUUCUAGAAAAAAUUAUUUGUGGAAUCAAACAAGAAGAUAAAACAUGGUUUAAUCUUGAGGGAAACUAGAAAACUAAAUGUUACCAUAAUUUAUUACCCUUGACCAAAAAAAUUGAAAAAAAUUAAAAAAAACUUAGCCUUGGUCUGCAAAUGGCCUAAUAGGGAAGCAAAGAGAAAACCGUUUUCUCUUUUUGCACAUAUUGUUUUCAUUAUUGGUAGCAUUUAUGCAACUAAUGCUGUGAAUGAAUUAAUCUUAGGGAUGGACAGAUGAAUUUUAUCAGUUAGCGUUUGCACUCUCUGCCAGAUGUGUGUUGAUGUAUUUCCUCUUUUGACUUGAUUUUAAUCCGUUAUUUACCAUUUGAAAUGCUCAUCAGUUUGUCUCUGCAAACUGUUUGUGCGACAUUCAAAUCCAGGAUUCUGCACCUGGCACACAUGAGGCAACAAAACAAUGUCUAGUUAUGUUAGAAUAAACAUUUCUCAUCAGCUCAUCCCCUCAAAAUAUUUGCCUGCUUGCACAGAGGGAUGCCUUAUAGAUAUUACACUAAGCUAACUCCUGUAUGUAAAAGUAAUGAAAUCCACACCUUCUUUAAAGCUACUAAAUGAAAAUAUAAAUUUUAGCGAUGGCUCAUUGCUCCACUGACUCUGCUGUUAUCUAGCUGCAAUGUGAGUCAGUCCUUUCAAGGUUCUUUAUUAUUCUUUAUUAACUUUAAAAUAUAUUCAGUUAUUUAAAUUAAUUAGUAAUGGCACUUUUCUAUUUAAGAUUGGUACAAUGUUUUGACUUACCUUUGUGUUCUUGAUGUUGAGGUAACUUUACAGAUCUAAAGAUGGUACCUUGUGUAAGUUGUAGGAAUAACUUGGGGUGGCUAAAGAUUAGUCUGAGCUUGUUUUACUGUGUAAAUAAUAUUUGGGGAAUAAUUAUUCAAACUUGUACAUUUAAAGUACUAAAAAUGGGGAGUGUAUUGAACAAAAUGAGUGAUAUUCAACCAAAAUGAUUUCUGACAUUGACAUUUGAACAACAUUUACAGAUAGUAUUUAUGCCAGGUAAAUCAAAGUAAAAGGGAGGAAUCUUUAUCCUAAGUAUAAUUCUAGUCUAUUAUUUGAUAAGAUAAUUGUACAACUGUGAAUUUUACCCAAGUUCUGUUGUCCUUCAGUUGUCCUUCAGUUGUCACUGUGUAUUUACUGUGAGCAAUUGUGAUGAAGUUUAAACUUUUAAUGUGUGCCUUAAAUAAUAUAUUUCUUUUUUGGAAACAAUACACCUAUGUUGUUUGCUUUGUUCUAGUGUAUUGAAUUAUUUUAUUAUUUUUUUCAUCAAAGUGCAGGCUGCCCUCUAGUGUUGUUUGACUGGUGUUACAACAAAUGGCUAAAAUGUAGGGAGUCUUAGUAUGACUGCUGGGAAUAGUUUACAAAAAGACAACAUUUUAAAUGAAUAGUUAAGUAAAAAACACAUUUACUUACAUGAGGCAACAAAAAGACUUCCUCUUUUGCUGCAGUUGACAAGCUUUAUGAGCUAUUCUCUCCCUCUUCCACACACUCAUCCACUGUUAACGAUUUGAGCUAACUGCUCCCUGAGGUCAUCUGGAGGGUACUGCCCAUUCCUUCCUCCACAGCAGACUUAGCUGAGGCAGCGCUUUCCACAAUAUUGGCUCAACUAUAGAGGGGAUUUUCAGUUGAUAAAUGCUUCCACUUCUGUCUGGCACUGCUACAGAUAAGCAGGCCACCUCAGCAUUAAGAUGUUUAAAGUAAAAUAUGAGACAAAGAUUUUGGAAAGAAAUAUAUUCAGAGGAUAAGAAUCGCUGCCAUAUUCCUGAGUAAAAAAGGAUUGCUGCAUUGUUUUAGUCACAAAAUUUGAUGUUCUAUCAUCCAUUUUUCAUUCAUGAUCUCACCUUGAAACCAGAAUUUACAUACAUCAAUUAAAAAAAACAUGUACACCUUUUUCCUCACCGCCUGAAGUUAAAUCAGACCAAAUUUGUUUAGUUUUAGUUAGAUUUACAUAAAGUAAUUUGUGUUUGCUUGAGUGCAGACGUGGCUAAUAAAAUUCUAAUUUUGAAGACAUUAUAAAUACAUUUCUCACAUUUUCUCUCAUUAU